GUGUUCCUGUCAUGGCGUGUCUACCAACUACCAGACUACAACAAUGAGGAAAUGAGAGGGCUUGUGUUGUGUUUCUGGAGCUCUCACAAACUGAAAUGUCUCUCUCUGUGGAAGAGCUGUCUUGUCCCGUGUGCUGUGAGAUCUACAGAUCUCCCGUGUUUCUGUCAUGCAGUCACAGCAUCUGUAAAGACUGUCUUCAGGACUUCUGGAGGAGCAAGAGAACUCAGGAGUGUCCCGUCUGCAGGAGAAGAUCCUCCAAAACCGAUCCUCCUGGAAAUCUUGUGUUGAAGAACCUGUGUGAGUCCUUCUUGAGCGUCGAGGAGGUUUGUGAUUUGCAUGGCGAGAAACUCAAACUCUUCUGUGUGGAGGACAAGGAGUCUGUGUGUUUAGUGUGCAGAGAUUCAGAAAAACACAAUCAGCACAAGUUCAGGACAAUCGGUGAACUUCUGCCAUCUUACAAGGAGGAGCUCAGUAUCAAGCUGAAGUCCUUACAAGAAAGGCUCAAGCACACAGAGGAAGUCAAAGGAGAGUGUGAGGAAGCAGUUGAACACAUCCAGACUCAAGCUCAGCACACGGAGCGCCGGAUUAAUGCAGAGUUUAAGAAGCUUCAUCAGUUCCUCAUCGACGAAAAAGAGGCACUAAUCACUACACUGUGGGAGGAAGAGGAGCAGAAGACUCAGAUGAUGAAGCAGAAGCUGGAGGAGAUGAACACACAGAUCUCAGCUCUUUCAGACACAAUAAAACACAUCCAGGAGCAAAUGAAAGCCAAAGAUGCCACGUUUCUAAAUAGCUUUGAAGCCACAAUGGAAAGAGCCCGGGGCCCACCGCAGGAGCCUCACAUGAGUCCAGCAGCUUUGAUUCAUGUGGCGGAUCACUUGGGCAACCUCACAUUCAGAGUCUGGCUGAAGAUGCGAGAUAUUGUCCAAAACGCUCCUGUGAUUCUGGACCCCAACACUGCACAUCCCGAGCUGAAGCUGUCUGAUGAUCUGACCGGUCUGACGUGGAGCACACACACUCACGCCUGUCCCGCCAAUCCAGAGAGAUUCAACGUCUAUCCCUGCGUUCUGGGCUCCGAAGGCUUCAUCUCAGGAACACACUGCUGGGACGUGGAGGUUGGCGACAAUACACACUGGACCGUAGGAAUAACCACAGCAUCCAACCCUAGGAAGGGGUUUACAUUCUUUAGCAAAGAUGUCUGGUGCGUGUGGUACAAAAAUCAAGAAUAUUUCUCAUAUUACCAGGACCAAGCCUACACUCCCAUUGGGGUUAAAGAGAAGCUGCAGAGGGUGAGGGUUUUACUCGACUGGGAUCGAGGAAAGGUGUCUUUUUCUGAUCCUGUAACCGACGCUCAUCUGUGUUCACUCACAACAACGUUUACAGAGAAACUCUUUCCGUUCUUCUCUAGCGUUUGUGUCACUUGUGGUCUGAGGAUCCUACCAGGUAAAAUAAGUGCAUCAGACCAGCACAGUUAAUGUGAUUCUGUAUACUUUAUGUUGUAAAUGUUGUGCAUAAUAAACACUUAUUUCAUUUUCUUUAUUUCUUGAGAUAUUUAAUAUACAAGACUGGAUUGACACUUGCACAGAGCAAUUUCUAUAAUUUUAAUUUUUAUUUAUUUACUCUUUACCUCUAUUGCUGCUAUGUAAAUACCCUGUAUAACCUGUUUGCACAUUCUCCUCUUAUACAUUCCUGCUCAUCUUAAUAUUUAUUAAGUGUACAUGUACUGUCCUGCACAUUUUAUUUAAUAAGAUUUUUAAUUUAUUCAUACUUUUUUCAUAUCUUAUUAUUUUGUAUAAUUUUAUUGUGUUUAUAUUCUUUAAUAAUUGCACUGUCCAUGGAGCAGACCUGAUUUACAUUUCACGGCUGGUCAUAUGCUUUCCAUAUAACCAUGUAUGCGACAAAUAAAAGUCUUGAAUCUUAUUUGCAUAGGCCUUUUAAAU